GCGAAGUCGCAAAGAUGACAAUAACAACCUUGGGUUGUUUCCAAGUCCCAUAACUUUUGUUGAGAAAAAAACAAUUUUAAUAGACACAAAUACACAAUACGACGAAAGGAUUGCGUAAAAUGAACUUUUGGAGUUGACAGUUUCGUCAUCGUUGUUGUUGUAUAGUGUUAUUCUUUAUUGAUCAUCAAUUGUUCACCGUAGUAAAUUUGUGAGUAAAAAUCUUUUAACAAUGUCUACGCCAGCUAGGAGAAGAUUGAUGAGAGAUUUCAAAAGAUUGCAGGAAGAUCCGCCUACUGGUGUAAGUGGAGCACCUACUGACAAUAAUAUUAUGAUUUGGAAUGCAGUUAUAUUUGGGCCACAUGAUACGCCAUUUGAAGAUGGCACAUUUAAAUUAACUAUUGAGUUUACUGAAGAAUAUCCAAACAAAGCACCAACAGUAAGAUUUGUAUCAAAAAUGUUUCAUCCAAAUGUAUAUGCAGAUGGUGGUAUAUGCCUAGAUAUAUUGCAAAAUAGAUGGAGCCCUACCUAUGACGUAUCUGCCAUACUAACUUCAAUUCAAUCAUUACUUAGCGAUCCAAAUCCAAAUUCGCCAGCCAAUUCAAUGGCCGCUCAGUUAUACAAGGAAAACCGACGUGAAUAUGAAAAAAGAGUGAAGGCUUGUGUAGAACAGAGUUUCAUCGAUUAAUUUUUUUUCAAAGUGCUUAAAUUUUCAUCUUUAGUAUUUAUCAAAUAUUAAGAAAAAUAAAUAUAUUUAUAUAUAUGUAAAA